UUUGGCACGGUUUAGUAUCGUCGCGACAAUUAUCGUAAUUAACUCGUUUAUGUGUUGUGUGCUAAUCCAAUUACCAAGUUCGCACAGGAUGCCCCCGAUAGUGGCAGGCGAACAGAACACAAAUUAAUUCAAUCAAUCGAAUCAGUUGUAUUGUCUCGAGUUAGUGAUCUUGAUUUGGCCGAAAGUGUACCAAAAUCAAAAUUAAAAGUUCAACCUAAAUAUAAUUACAAUUUAACGACGGAUUUUUUAAACAUGCUAAACUACCAGCAGCAAUUGCACUCGCUGCCCGUCGGCAAUCCCGGAAACUUUUACUAUGGACCGACGGGAUCGCAUUCCCUCACAGUCUCUGGGGAGGUGUAUCCCACCCACCAGUCGCACAAUCCUGAGACCCAGGACAAACUGAAUGAUCGCGAGGACAAAAUGCACAGAUUCUCGGUUGAUAACAUCAUGGAAAUGAAGCACGACGCCUAUGCCAAGGGCAAAAUUGCAAUGGAACUUAAUAACAACUACGGAGGAAGUGGCAGUGGAAGUGGUGGUGGAGGCGCCUGCUCCGGAAAUCUCCCAGUUGGCCACUCGAGGAAGCCGCGCCGGAAUCGCACCACCUUCAGCUCCGCCCAGCUGACGGCCCUGGAGAAGAUCUUCGAGAGGACCCACUACCCGGAUGCCUUUGUGCGCGAGGAGCUGGCCACCAAGGUGCACCUGAGCGAGGCCAGAGUUCAGGUUUGGUUUCAGAAUCGGCGGGCGAAAUUCCGGCGGAACGAGAGGAGCGUGGGCUCGAGGCCCCUGCUGGACACAGCUCCUCAGCUGGUGCCGGCGCCCAUUAGCAAUAAUAUGCACAAAUACGCCAAUCUGCCACACCCACCGCCGCCGCCGCCCCCCGGGGCGUACGCGCUGAAUUUCGGACCCCUGGAACUGCGCUCGUGCCAGAACUAUUCGAACUGCUACGGGGGAUUCGGCUCGAGUCCUGCCACCAACAGCGGGGUCUGCUCCUUCUUCGGGGCCACCAACUACUGUGUGGCGGCCAACUACGCGAAGAACGCCUAUCCGCCGCUCUGA